UCUGCUGAGGGAGGAAACAGGAAGUCCUCGCCGUCUAAAGGCUGACAACACGUGUACGCCGCUCCUGAAGGCGGCCGUGAGAGAUGUAACUGGACGGUGGCGACACGCCUCCAUCACACCUGUUCAGCUGUGGCGUCAGGAAGCUGUGAUAAUGCCAUCUGAGGCUCAGUCUCAGGAGCCUCGGGACAGAGGACCGCCGCCUCCCGUCACCCGCGCCGGGCGCAGCGCUCAGCUGGCCAAAGCCGCCGCCGCUACUAGCCCCGCCCCCGAGAGGCGGCCUCGUGGGAGACCUCGGAAAGAUGGGAGCAGCGGCCGUUCUGCGCCUCCCACCCCUCCACCUCCGCCGCCGCCUGCUCCUCCUCCGCCGCCACCUCCAAAAUCAAGGAAGAAGGGGCGGAGUCGAGGCCGAGCCCAGGUAGAGGACGAAGAGAGCACGGACGCCGCGGAGACCAAACCCCCCCAGAAGACCGGUGGAGAGCGUGCAGCGUCCGCAGAGGCGAAGGAGGUCAAGGAGAAGACAACGGGACGCCGCCGGUCCACCUCCAGGAGAAAAUCCACAAACACAAAUCCAGAACCCAGCCAGGACCCGCUCAGCCCGCAACCUAAGCCGGACCCUGACCCAGAAUCCUGCCCAGAACCAGCUCCCAGUGCUGAGGAGGAGGACAGAACCGGCCCUGCUCCUGCUGCCCCGCUCGCCGCCUCCAGCCCAGGACCAACUUCCAGUCCUGGGGAAGAACCUCGGGUCAGUCAGCCCCCCUCCCCCGCCCCGUCCCCUGAACGUAGCCCGGUCCACAGCCUCGCCUCCAGCCCCAGACCCGCUCCUGAUCCUGUGGAGGAGGACCGGCCCAGUCUGAGCCACAGCCCCGCGCCCAUGGAGGUAGACCGCAGUCCCAGCACGGUUCCUAUGGAGACAGAUGGGGGCGGGGCCAGUCCCAUGGAGCGCAGUCCCACCAUGAGCCCCUGCUCCAGUCCUCCGAUCUCCCCCCGUCCCCGACUGGAGGACGAGGACUCUCUGUCCCCCCUGUUCCAGCGCUGUCUGUCGGAGGACUCGGGGGCCUCGCCGACCGCCAGCCUGGGACACACCAAGCAGCGUCUGAAGCAGUGUGCCUUCUGUUACCGUGGCGACGAGCCCCCCCUUGGCCAGGGCCGCCUGGUGGUGUUCGGCCCGACGCCGGGCUACAUCCCGCUUCACAUUCUCAACCGCCGCGCCUCCCCUGACCGAGACAACGACUGCCACGACCACUGCUACCGCGGCGACCUGGCCCCGCCCGCGUGCAGCAGUCCAGAGCAGAGUGAGUCUUCCUCAGAGUUUGUGCAGCAGCUCGGACCCAUCGGCCUUCCACACGACAUCGACGUCCAGUCGCUGUUUGACCCCACAGGUCAGUGCUGUGCCCACCUGCAGUGUGCCGCCUGGUCAGAAGGGGUGUGUCGUGGCGAGGGCCAAUCGCUGCUCUACGUGGACAAAGCCAUCGACUCAGGAAGCACGCAGGUGUGUGCAUUCUGCCGCCGGCUCGGAGCGUCGCUGCGCUGCCAGGAGACGAACUGUGGGCGGAGCUACCACUUCCCCUGCGCUGCCGCGGCCGGAGCUCACCAGGACUGGAAGCAGAGACGCACACUGUGUACAAGACACACACACGCAGUGUCCUCACAAUGCGUCUUGUGUUCGGGCAGCGGUGACGUCAGCGGCGUGUUGAUGUGCUGUUGCUGCGGUAACUGUUAUCACGGCGGCUGCCUGGACCCCCCCCUGACGCCCUCGGCCCUGUGCAGGACCGGCUGGCAGUGUCCUGAGUGUCGAGUGUGUCAGAGCUGCAGGCUGCGAGGAGAUGACGGCGUGUUGCUGGUGUGUGAACGCUGUGAUAAAGCCUACCACACACACUGUCUCACACCACCUCUGGAUCACACACCGAGCACCAGCUGGAGCUGCAAGAACUGCAGAACCUGCCGCCGCUGUGGUGUGAGGUCAUCAGGCCAGUGGGCCAAUCACCCGUUUCUGUGCGAGUCGUGUGACCCGGCCCUGCCCUGCCCUCUCUGUGACCAUGCCCCUGAUCUCUACACACCACAGGACUAUCUGACUUGUAUCUGCUGCUUUAGGUGUGUCCAUAAAGAGUGUAUUGUCCAGGCUGGGGAGGGCAGGGCGGGGUCUGAAGAUUACGUCUGCUCCACCUGCAGGCCUCAGGAGGAGGAGCUAAUCCCACACACUCCAAUCCCUCACACUCCUACCCCGGCAUCGCCCAUCAGUCCCACGCAGUUAGCACCUGUUAGCAUUUCACAACCACCGAUUCCAAGUGACAUCUGUUCAGAGCCACCGCAGAGUCCUACCAAGACCCCUGGAUCGCAGCAAAGUCUUACGCCAUCUCACCCUGAACCCACUGAACUCCAACAUAGUCGUCCUGUGCCAUCUCACCAUGAAUCCACAGAGCUCCAACAUAGUCCUGCACCAUCUCAUCCUGAACCCACAGAACUCCAACAUAGUCCUGUGCUGUCUCAUCCUGAACCCACAGAACUCCAAUACAGUCCAGCACCGUCUCACAAUGAAUCGACAGAGCUCCAACGAAGUCCUGCGCCAUCUCACCCUGUACCUGCACAGGUCAAACACAGUCCUGCCUCAUCUCACUCUGAACCCACAGAGCUCCAACAUAGCCCUGCCCCAUCUGACCCUCAAUCCACAGAGCUCCAACAUAGCCCUGCCCCAUUUCAACCUGAACCCGCAAAGCUCCAACAUAGCCCUGCCCCAUCUCAACCUGAACCCGCAGAGCUCCAACAUAGCCCUGCCCCAUCUCAACCUGAACCCGCAGAGCUCCAACAUAGCCCUGCCCCAUCUCAACCUGAACCCGCAGAGCUCCAACAUAGCCCUGCCCCAUCUGACCCUCAGCCCGCAGAGCUCCAACAUAGCCCUGCCCCAUCUGACCCUCAGCCCGCAGAGCUCCGACAUAGCCCUGCCCCUUCUGACCCUCAGCCCGCAGAGCUCCGACAUAGCCCUGCCCCAUCUGACCCUCAAUCCACAGAACAUAGCCCUGCCCCAUUUCACUCUGAACCCACUGAGCUCCAACAUAGCCCUGGCCCAUCUGACCCUCAGCCCGCAGAGCUCCAACAUAUCCCUGCCCCAUCUCAACCUGAACCCACAGAGCUCCAACAUAGCCCUGCCCCUUCUGACCCUCAGCCCGCAGAGCUCCGACAUAGCCCUGCCCCAUCUGACCCUCAAUCCACAGAACAUAGCCCUGCCCCAUUUCACUCUGAACCCACUGAGCUCCAACAUAGCCCUGGCCCAUCUGACCCUCAGCCCGCAGAGCUCCAACAUAUCCCUGCCCCAUCUCAACCUGAACCCACAGAGCUCCAACAUAGCCCUGCCCCUUCUGACCCUCAGCCCGCAGAGCUCCGACAUAGCCCUGCCCCAUCUGACCCUCAAUCCACAGAACAUAGCCCUGCCCCAUUUCACUCUGAACCCACUGAGCUCCAACAUAGCCCUGGCCCAUCUGACCCUCAGCCCGCAGAGCUCCAACAUAUCCCUGCCCCAUCUCAACCUGAACCCACAGAGCUCCAACAUAGCCCUGCCCCUUCUGACCCUCAGCCCGCAGAGCUCCGACAUAGCCCUGCCCCAUCUGACCCUCAAUCCACAGAACAUAGCCCUGCCCCAUUUCACUCUGAACCCACUGAGCUCCAACAUAGCCCUGCCCCAUCACACCCGGAACUCACACAGCUCCAACAAAGCCCUGCUCCAUCUCACACGGAACCCACAGACCUCCAACAUAGCCCUGCCCCAUCUCACACGGAACCCACUGAGCUCCCACAUAGUCCUGUUCCAUCUCACCCUGAAACCACAGAGCUCCAACAUAGCCCUGCGCCAUCUCACCUUGAACCCACUGAGCUCCAACAAAGCCCUGCCCCGUCUCGCCCUGAACCCACUGAGCUCCAACAAAGCCCUGCCCCGUCUCGCCCUGAUCCCACUGAGCCCCAACAAAGCCCUGCCCCGUCUCGCCCUGAUCCAACAGAGCCCCAACAUAGUCCUGCCCCGUCUCACCCUGAUCCAACACAGCUCCAACAAAGUCCUGCAUCAUCUAACCUUGAACCCACUGAGCUCCAACAUAGUCCUGCGGCGUCUCACCCUGAUCCAACAGAGCUCCAACAUAGUCCUGCGGCGUCUCACCCUGAUCCAACAGAGCUCCAACAUAGUCCUGCGGCGUCUCACCCUGAUCCAACAGAGCUCCAACAUAGUCCUGCGGCGUCUCACCCUGAUCCAACAGAGCUCCAACAUAGUCCUGCCCCGUCUCACCCUGAUCCAACACAGCUCCAACAUAGUCCUGCCCCGUCUCACCCUGAUCCAACACAGCUCCAACAUAGUCCUGCGGCGUCUCACCCUGAACCCACUGAGCUCCAAGAAAGCCCUGCGCCGUCUCACCCUGAACCCACUGAGCUCCAAGAAAGCCCUGCGCCGUCUCACCCUGAACACAUUGAGCUCCAAGAAAGCCCUGCGCCGUCUCACCCUGAACACAUUGAGCUCCAAGAAAGCCCUGCGCCGUCUCACCCUGAACACAUUGAGCUCCAAGAAAGCCCUGCGCCGUCUCACCCUGAACACAUUGAGCUCCAAGAAAGCCCUGCGCCGUCUCACCUUGAACCCACUGAGCUCCAAGAAAGCCCUGCGCCGUCUCACCUUGAACCCACUGAGCUCCAAGAAAGCCCUGCGCCGUCUCACCUUGAACCCACUG